AGGUAGCAAGGAAGUUACACCAGUUCUAAUUAAUCUCUCCGUGUGGAACUAGAAACAGUCCAAAGGGCAGGUGAAACUAAUCUCAUCGUAACUUGUCUGGUAUAACAAUACCAUAACAUGUCUGCUCUCAAGAAGAUCUGCAUAGUUGGAUCCGGCAACUGGGGUUCCGCUAUUGCAAAAAUUAUUGGCCAAAAUGUCAGAAAGUCAACCCAGUUUGAUUCUACUGUGAAAAUGUGGGUUUAUGAAGAAAUAAUAAACGGUAGAAAACUCACAGAUAUAAUAAACACAGAUCAUGAAAAUGUGAAGUAUUUGCCAGGCUAUAAGCUUCCAGAAAACGUGAUUGCUGUACCAGACAUCACUGAAGCAUCAGAUGGGGCAGAUAUAUUUGUUUUUGUUUUACCCCAUCAAUUUAUUGGACGACUUUGCGAUGAAAUGAAAAAUCGUGUGAAGCCGGGUGCAAUUGGAAUCUCGCUGAUAAAGGGAAUUGAUGAAGGUCCUGAUGGUCUUAAGCUAAUAUCACAUAUAAUUCGUGAGAAACUUGGGAUUGAAAUGUCUGUACUGAUGGGUGCCAACAUUGCUAAAGAAGUAGCAGAUGAAAAAUUCUGUGAGACAACAAUUGGAUCCAAAAAUAAAACUCAUGGAAAGGUCCUUAAGGAGUUAAUGCAGACCCCAAAUUUCAGAAUUACUGUAGUAGAGGAGUGUGACACAGUGGAAAUAUGUGGUGCAUUGAAAAAUAUUGUGGCUGUUGGUGCAGGGUUCUGUGAUGGGCUUGGUUAUGGUGACAAUACGAAAGCUGCAGUUAUCCGCUUGGGAUUGAUGGAAAUGUUAGCUUUUGCGAAAUUAUUUUGUCAAGGACCAGUAACAUCAGCUACCUUCCUGGAGAGUUGUGGAAUUGCUGAUCUUGUUACAACUUGCUAUGGAGGGCGCAACAGAAAAGUAGCAGAGGCAUUUGUGAAAACUGGAAAAGCCAUAGAAGAAUUGGAAGGAGAGAUGCUCAAUGGGCAGAAGUUGCAAGGUCCUCAGACUUCUGCUGAGGUGUACAGUGUUCUUAAACAGAGAAAUCUGGUGGACAAAUUUCCACUAUUUGCAGCAGUUUAUCAAAUCUGCUACAAGAGCAGACCAGUCGCAGAUAUCAUCACAUGUCUUCAGAACCACCCAGAACAUAUGUAACUUGAGCUAACUCAGGCCAGUCCAUGUUAUAAACACAACCUUUUUGUUUUUGCAACUAUAGCAUAAGUAUAACUAUUUUAAAUUUAUCAAUAUAAACUGAUCACUGAAGAUACUUACUUUUUUAAAAAGUGAAACUUAAAAUGGAAGUGGUUUUUAAUAUUUGUAUUUUAAUUCGUAGUCAAAUGCAGUUUUUAUAUGGACUUGUGAAAUCUUGCUGAAAUCACCAGUGUUUAAUGUUUCAACAAUAAUUUUUAAAAUUUCUUUUGUCAAAACAAUUUCUCAGCAUUUUAUCUUUGGCCUUAAUUUUCACUAAUAAAUGAUGUUGCUAAUGUUUGUCAUUCAGUUCAAACUUAAGAUUUCAGGUUCAUUGAAACUGACUGCACUAGGGGUAAGUGCAGUAUUUAAACAGUAAAAGUAGUUCAAUUAAAAUAAAUGUUUACAUUGCAAACAUUUGAAUUUUUUUGCCCUAGGAAAUACUUUAGCAUAAAUGUUUUCAAAAAUAUAACUUGGUCAUUGUCAUGUCUGGCUUCACAAAAAUGAAACACGAGAAUUUUUUAGAAUGUCAUUGUAAUUAACAGCAUGUUUUCAUAGAGAUUAAUGCACAUAUUAAUGGCUGAACUUUUAAAAAUCAGCUCAAUAGUCAACACAAAAAUACUGUGGUUAGGUGGAUAUGCUAUUAAAACUUCCUUUUGAGAUUUAAAAAUUGUACAACUU